AAUGAGAGAGCAGGAGAGCAGAAUUUUACAUAUGGAAGUGGAAUCACCAAGUCCAGAGAGCAGAUAUAAUGUUGCAGAUUGUAAGUAUGCAAAAAGGCACAAGAGAAAAAGGAAAAUAUGCAUGCUGGUUCUAUGCACCUAUAUGGUUCUCACUAUAACAUAUACUAUCUUGAAUUUCACGGUUUUUAGGCCCAAGCGCCCGACCAUCACCCUCGUUUCCACCACUCUCCAGGACCUGGCUGUGUCUGUUGACGCGGCCAGGCUCAAGGUUUUCCUCAACAUCACUAUAGCUGGAAGCCUCUCCAUUAAGAAUUCCAACAGGGUCAGUUUCGAAUACGAAGACAUCAACCCUUAUAUUGAGUACGGGGGCGAACGAGUGGGAGACGUACACGUCCCAGCUGGGAAAGUUGGCUCACGAACCACAUCAACUUUGAACUUUACAAUGGUAUUUUUGGCAGACGGGUUGUCAUUGAGUCCCAAUUUGUAUUCGGACGUAGUCGAAAAGGGGAUGAUGAAGUUCAUUGUUUACGUGAAACUGAAGGGCAAAGUAAAACUAAAUGUGUUGUUCAAAGUCAAGGUGAAAGUUUCCUCCAAAUGUGAUCUGACCUUGGAUAUCCGCACGGCAUCUGUCGCCGAGCAAUCUUGUCAUUCUAAGACUAAGUUAUAGCUUGGAUAAUGUGGACCGAUACAAAUUCAGUUAGAGGCGCAUAUCUAGAAUUUGAAACAAUCUAUUUAUAUUACUAAAUGGAUUUUCAAACAAAUAUACGAUUUGGGUCAAAUCUAUUUGCUCCUGCACUGAGCGACCAGUAGUAGAGGUGCUCUUCAGGAGAAGUGUUCGACCGAACUCGGUAGUUUUGGCUCAAAUCAUGUAUUUGCAUUAAGAAGUUCAUUUAAUUUGUAGAAAAAAUAAAUUUAGAACCCAAUUACUAGCUACCACUUGAGGUUGCUAUCAUACAAUCUAGAACCCUAAAGUUCAAAUCUUAGCUCCGCCUUUAUUAUCUACACCUAUGUGUGUGGGAGUUAUUGUAGAUUUUGUUCCUUUUAUCCUUCACGAGACACAAAUAUCAU